AAACCUAGACAAAAUUUCGUGCAACACAAUUACUCUAACAAUGUUAUGCAAGAAUUCUAAAUUUUAUUUAACACUAUGCAGCCAUUUGAAGACUUCAGGUGUAUCUGGACCCAAAGCACGACCUCCCACAGUACCCUCCUCUUUUAGCUUGAGGUGUGAAGAAAGAGCGGCAAAACGUAAAGAGUUCUUUCAAAAGCUAGAAGAGAAGACAAAUGCCAAGAUCUUAGUUUCUGGAAGGAGGAUAGCAGAUGGGAAAUCACAUGGGAUAGACCAUUUGAAGACUUUAGGUGUAUCUGGACCCAAAGCACGACCUCCCACAGUACCCUCCUCUUUUAGCUUGAGGUGUGAAGAAAGAGCGGCAAAACGUAAAGAGUUCUUUCAAAAGCUAGAAGAGAAGACAAAUGCCAAGAUCUUAGUUUCUGGAAGGAGGAUAGCAGAUGGGAAAUCACAUGGGAUAGACCAUUUGAAGACUUUAGGUGUAUCUGGACCCAAAGCACGACCUCCCACAGUACCCUCCUCUUUUAGCUUGAGGUGUGAAGAAAGAGCGGCAAAACGUAAAGAGUUCUUUCAAAAGCUAGAAGAGAAGACAAAUGCCAAGAUCUUAGUUUCUGGAAGGAGGAUAGCAGAUGGGAAAUCACAUGGGAUAGACCAUUUGAAGACUUUAGGUGUAUCUGGACCCAAAGCACGACCUCCCACAGUACCCUCCUCUUUUAGCUUGAGGUGUGAAGAAAGAGCGGCAAAACGUAAAGAGUUCUUUCAGAAGCUAGAAGAGAAGACAAAUGCCAAGGAGGCAAAUAAAGUGUAUCUCCAAGCAAAAAAUAAGGCCAUCUCUCGACCUAUAUUUUAACGGUGAUUGGAUUAAUU